CCGUCUACAAAUUUUUACCGUUCAUGACCACCGUCGCCAUAUUUCUUUCCUUUCAACGUCUUUCCCGAGAACAGCACAAUGGCUGAGGUUGACGAAACUCUGAAGAAGAAGAGGACCUUCAGGAAGUUCACCUUCCGUGGAGUUGAUCUCGAUCAACUCCUGGAUAUGCCAAAUGAGCAACUCAUGGAGUUGAUGCACGCCCGUGCCCGCAGGCGUUUUUCUCAUGGUUUAAAGAGAAAACCAAUGGCUCUGGUGAAAAAACUUCGCAAAGCGAAAAAAGAGGCACCACCAAAUGAGAAACCAGAAAUAGUAAAGACUCACCUCCGGAACAUGAUCAUCGUCCCCGAAAUGGUUGGCUCAAUCGUCGGUGUUUACAACGGCAAAACCUUCAAUCAGGUCGAAAUCAAACCUGAAAUGAUCGGUCACUAUCUCGGUGAAUUUUCAGUCACUUAUAAACCUGUCAAACACGGUAGACCAGGUAUUGGUGCCACUCACUCGUCUCGUUUUAUACCACUGAAGUAAAUCACCGAAAUAAAAGUAAUUAUCUGAUAAAAA